AUGAAAUUUCCGUGGCUGGAGUUGGCCUUGACAGGAUUCGGCGCUACAGCAGGCGAGGCUGAGGUGGACGAGAAGGUUCACAACGUUGCCGUCAUAGCUGGCUCAUCAACAGCCUAUUAUCUCAGUCGGUUCGCUGAGACGCUACCGACAAACGCGCCCGCCCUCAACAUCACUAUCUUUGAGAAGACAGACCGCGUUGGUGGACGUUCCUUGACCGUCUCAGCGCCAUCAGGGCAGCCGGUCGAGCUUGGAGCCAGUAUAUUCAUCACAAAGAACGAGAUUCUACUCAAUGCAACACGUGAUUUCGACCUUGCCCUGGGCAACCUGCGUGAGGGCUCUCCUGGAGAUAUCACUGCCAUUUGGGACGGCCAGGAAUUCGUCUAUCAGACAACCGACGGGGAGAGCUGGUGGUGGGAUGUCGGGAAGAUGUUCUGGAGAUACGGCAUGAGCCCGUACAGAGCUGUGAAUCUCGUCAAAGACACUGUGGGCAGGUUCCUUGAACUUUACGAAGAGCACAAUUUCCCCUUUAGGUCACUAUCAGCAAAGGUCUACGAGCUUGGUCUUGUCAAGCAGACGGGUAUCACAGGCUCCGAAUUAUUGAAGCAGAAAAAUGUAAGGCACAUGGUUUCGUGCAACGACGCAGAGAGGACUGACAAGAAGCAGAUUGACGAGAAGUUUGCAAGGCACAUUAUACAAGCAGCCACACGCGUCAACUACGCGUCAAACUUGGCAUUUAUCCACGGCGUGGAGGCGAUGGUAUCGUUUGCGACAGAGGGUGCUGUAUCUGUAGAGGGCGGUAACUGGCAGAUCUUCGACAAGAUGGUCCAAAGCAGCGGUGCUACCCUUCACCGAAAUACAUCCGUGACAUCCAUCAGCAGGCCAAAGCAGGAUGGGAAGUACUUUGUCUCGACAAAGAUAGAUGGCUCAGCAUCCGCAGCUGAAGCCUAUAGCAUCGGCUUUGACGAGGUCGUCAUCGCCGCGCCCUGGCAGUUCAGUCAAAUCACUACCGACGCGUCGGUUCUCAGGCACAAGAUCGAGGAAGUUCCAUACACAAAACUUCACGUCACGCUCUUCACCUCACCAUACAGACUCCACCCUCAGUUUUUCGGGCUUGCUCCCGGCGCAAAGGCCCCCAGUAACGUGUACACCACUCUCAGCGAAGACGAAACGCCCGCCAGCGGCGCUGAUGGCGUAGGCCGCACUGGGUUCUACAGCAUCAGCACCCUGAAGACGACCAACAAUCCUAACACUGGGCGCCUGGAGUUUGUCUACAAGAUCUUUUCCGCCGAAGCCAUCUCCCCAGCGUUCCUGUCCUCGGUGCUGGGUACUGCGGUGCCUGACAGCUUCACGGGUGACAAGUCGCCGAUUAGCUGGUAUCACCCCGCUUGGUUCCACUCCUAUCCCAUCGAACUGCCGCGGGUCACAUUUCAAGAUCCUGUGGUUGGUGAUGGUGUAUGGUACACAGGUGGCAUUGAGAGCUUCAUUUCGACGAUGGAGACGAGUGCCUUGAUGGGAAUGAAUGUGGCGAAGCUGAUUGUAGAUGAGGUUGGGAGCUUUCCGCAGAAAGGCGGUGAGGACAAGGUCGCGGAGGAUAUGUAUGGCAAGGGCGCGGAUGGUCCUGGUGAUGAGUUGUGA